AUGACAAUAGUUGUUCGUGGUAUGAAUAAUGAAACUUAUGGUAAUCCUUAUUUCUAUUCACAACCCUAUAACGAGAUUCUUUCACCUUAUUUAACACACAAUUAUGUAUCAUUAACCAAUUCUUCCUCUAUUAUUAAUGAUUACGUCAAUAAUUCAGUGUCAUUAGUUGCUGAAACAGCGAAUCCAAACUCAUUCAAUAGCGUAUAUUCGUCUUUGAGCCAUUAUAAGUCGACGGCAAGUGAAAAUCAUGAACCAACGGUUAUAUCAGAUACAACACAUUAUUCCAAUACUAAUGGAAAACAAGCGAGUAACGAUAACAGUUCAUUGCCAUUUCAUGCUACGUCAGUACAUAAUCGAAUUAGCCUUACAUCGCCGACUUCAUAUGAAAAGAAUUAUGCAACCACAACAUUACCAUUUUCUUACGAUCCUUUGUUUGAUAUGAAAUUUAAAUUAUGUAAUCGAGAAGAAAAACAACAAUCACCAGAAAAAGUCCCAUCAAAUCAACUAUGUGCAGUGUUUGUUCGUACAGAUUUGUUAAAAGGAAGACGUGGACGGUUACCAUCCAAACUUAAGAGUCCACACACAAAACUCCAUCCGAACAGUCUUCAAACACAAAUAAUUCGCAUAUAUAAUGAUAGUAUACCAUCGACAACAUGUCUCGAUUAUAGUACAUAUCAACCUGUAAUUAGUAAAGCAAAUCUAUGUGAAGAAAAACGUAUUGUAUAUGAAGCAUUACUACAAUCCUGUGAAAUAAUUAAAGAAUGGUGUGAUAAAUUUUGUCUAUUUUAUUUAAUUAAUUUAACUGAAUGUCAUCGAUUAUUAUCUAAUUCUUUAUUCGAUUUGAUUGUGCUAAGAACAGCCAUUGGAAUCAAUGAAAAUCAUGAUCGAGUUAUAUUAUUGUCGGGCGUUGUACUGCACAAAGUACAAUUAAAUUGUUUAUUGGGAGAUAUUGCACAACAAAUGUAUGAUUUUAGUUUGACAUUAAGCAAUGUUAAAGCUGACAAUGUAAUUAAUGCAUGUCUUGUGUCCGCAUUACUAUUGGCUCCAAAUAAUCAAACUUGUGUUCAUCAUGCAUCUCUACCAAUACCGAUUGCUGAUUUAUACAAUAAAAUUAUUGAGUGUUUGAAAGAACAUUUGAAACAAAUAUACAAAAACAAUUUAUUAUAUGCGGAGUGGCCGGAAGAAAUAUUUAAUAAAACAAGACAAAUUGGUGCUAACUUAAAAAAACGUCUGCUAUCACAUGCACAAAAUAUUGGUUCAAUGGAUUCUGUACAUAGUUUAGUAGGUGAAAUGUAA